UGCUUACCAUCCAGAAAAAGACACAAAUACGUUGAAAUUAAUUACUUAAAAAAACCCUUUUAUUUAAUUGAUCUAUUUCCUAGGUUUGCAGAAUCAAACCUGACCUGCCAACUGCUUUACUUCCACAGCAGCAGCGGCAGCAAUGGCAGUCCGGCAGUGAGUCGAAAAACAUUUACGCUGAGACCAAGAGAAGACACUUAAGCAAAAUGUCUCGGCACAGAAAUGUCCGAGGUUAUAACUACGAUGAAGACCUCGAUGAUGAUGACGUGUAUGGACAGUCUGUGGAUGAUGACUACUGUAUAUCACCAGCAACAGCGAAUCAGUUCAUCUACUCGCGUCAAGAGAGGCAAGCACCAAAGGAGCAGCCUUUAGAAGAGGAAGAAUAUGAAGAUGAUGUACCCAUGUCCCCUACCAUCAGCCACGACCUAGACCCUCUCGACCAAGCGAAGCUGUAUUCCUGCCUUGACCAUAUGCGGACUGUGUUGGGAGAUGCAGUGCACGACUCAGUUCUGUCCCAGGCAGCCAUUAAAUGUGGAUUCGACCCCCAGAAGGCACUGGAUGCAGUCCUUUCUGAAGACGCUAAAACAGCCCCAGUUAUCAAAAGUGCCAAUGAAGAGACUGCUUCGGUACCAAGAGUAAGCCAAGAGAAAGCUCCGCUUCCACAAAGAACCAAGAAAGAGGCUGCGGCUGAGAAAGGAGCCCGUUUGUCUGCUUCUCACACAGACAUUACUUCCAAUGCAAAUAAAGCCCAGACUGAUUGUUACAAACACACACAACCACGUGUGCAAGCAAGUGCACCAAACUUGCGCGACCUCUUAACGCAACAUAAGGCUGACUCUGUGGUUAGCAACUCUGAUAAUCUAAAUUUUAUCAAUCAAAACAGUGGUCCAGGUGGUGCCAGUCUGGCACAGCUCAUGUCUGAGCAUGAGCAUAAGAGUAAGACACCAGGAGUGGUUGACACAGGGCGAGGUUUGGGUAUUCCCUCAUUAAGUACUCUCACUGUAGGGACUAAUUCACCUUCGACAAUUAUGUCUAAUCGGAACAGUCUUUCACUGGGAACAUUGGCGUCUUUAAACAUGACUUCAGCAGCUCACAGUCCAGCUCCCUCCCUCCUCUCAGUUUCAAUCUGUAGUCUGUCGCUAAACAACCCCAAGCUAACAACUGCAAGCUCUUCUAUGGAUGCUCCUCCUGGAUUUGGGAGUCUCAGUUCUGUCCUCUUGAGCAAUCAGUACUCGGUGGGAAUUGGGAUUGGAAGCAAAACCACAAUGGCUGAUCCUAAGGGAAGCCCAUCUUUGGCUGAUUUAAUUCAGGAACAUUCAAACCGCAGCCCGACCAUCAGUAACUCCUUUCCUACUCCCCAAAACAGCAUAACUUCUGUGACGAAUCAGGCGAUGGCUUCACCAGCACAGACACUCUUGCUGUCUGGGCUCGCUUCACAGCACCAGAACAGGAACACGCUCAUUCAAUCGCAAUCACAGAGCACUGAAAAACCAGCAAACAAUCUCACCUUUCCUAAGCCAACCAACAAUACUCCUGCAUGCCUUGUUGAGACUGCCUCAUUGUCUCAGCUAGCCCUGCAGCAUCGAACCAACAGUUCCUUUACUUCCCCUCAACCCUUUUGCGCUGAAUCUGCAGCAAAUGCACUGAAACAACCACCUGGCAUCUCUGAGCUGCUGUCUUUGACACAUUUGGCGUCGGAACACAAAGGCAAAACCUCAACCACCUCAAAUGGGUCACAGUACUCCCUCACUUCUCUCCUUUCACCAGCAAAACCAGAGAGGGCUGGUGUGUUAGCGGAAAGAAUAAUAGAGGGUGGGACCAAGCGUAGGCUCGACCACAAACCAUACCACCAAAACGUCAGGCCACCUAAGCUGAAGCAGACUAUUGAUUUGAGCGCACUCAUGGCCCAGUCGGAUGGAGCAGGCCCUCGUCACUUUGACAACGACCUCCCUUCACCGUCCUCUCCAACUUCAUUUGCGGCUGGGCUGGAUCCUUCAGUUUUUGCACAACCAUCGGUAUUUGCGAUUACUUUGUCGAUUCAGAGCCACAUACAACGGAAGAGGAAUAUGUUGAAGGGGCAAUUAGGGGGUCAGAAGACAGGAAAUGGUUACCGGGCCUUCCUGUGCACAUCACAGGACAAAUCGGAAGAGCAGCAUACACCACUCCCUCCAAUUGUACCUUUCUGCUUUGACGCUCCUUCACCUGAUGACAUCGUCCGUGCUAAUCAGCAAAAAGCGUUCACCAGGUAGACGAGAGAAAAUAAAAAGCACUUAAAUCUGCUGCGUCCAGGUUGGUGCUAUAUUGACUCACUUCAGAUGAAAACCUCGGCUCUUUUUGGUGGCCUUUCCUCCAUCAACUGAACUAAACUCAAAAGAAAUGCAGCACUCCGGGUCAGUAGUCUUUUUAACGUCGUGUGGAGUAAGGAAACUUUUGGGACCACCAUUACGACAGAACUUGCUGCUGAUCACUGCUAAAUAGAACUCUGCUAUAAACAGUAUUACUACAGAAAUUAUGUUUUUUUUUUUUUUUACAGAGGCAAGCAAGUCUUAUGUUGCUACUACAUAAAGAACAAUGAUGUUUAAGUCGAGCAGUAUGAACUACUCUCUGGCAACUGGAAAUGAAUCGCAGCCAACUUUGAAAGUCCUAAUAGUAUUUUAAGAACUUUUAUAGAUACUUUUUUUCCUCAUUUGCUGUAUUUACAUUUUUUCUACAUUUUAAAAUUUGAGUCUUAAUUUUCUAUGCUUGUAUGGCCAUUGCCUUUUUAAUUAUUUUGUAGAGAGUAAAGUAGUUUAAUCUUUGCCAUUUGAAAAUGUGCAUCUCUUUUAGCAUGGCCUCUUUUCUAGUUUUGAUCUGCAUGAACCCUCAAAAGAGAAAAAGAGGUUGACAGUGUUUGCAGGUGUGCAGCUAUUGGAAUAUGGAUCAGUUAACCAUUGUUCUGGUUUACUGCUGCCUGUGUGUGAGAUCAUGGGGUAGACAUUUUGGUUAGGAGGACACCUGGAGAUUUUCCCAUGAGGGAGUGAGAACGAACACACACACACACACACACACACACACACACACACACACACACACACACAAUGUUUGAUCUUGAAAAACUCACUUUACUAUGAAUGCAAGCGCUGUGAAUAAAGAGUGCAGUAAAUAAAUUCCUUCAGACCUGAGGUAAAAGGUAGUUCUUGCUUUUAUAACAAGCUUUUAAUGUUACGAUGUACAAAUUAGUUUAAUUCAGACUGGACUGGGUGUGUCAUGACACUCUGCCAGAGGUUAAUUUGUCAAUUUUGAAAUAAAGAUGACUGAAUGUACAUACUCUGAAUGCACCUGUGUCUAGGCGUGUCUCUCUGGUUGUGUGUGUAUGUGCUUUUGUGUUUGUAAAAAUGCAUCUUUUAAGAGUUGUUGUAUUGAACUAAUUCUACAUAACCGGUUAAAAAGGUGCUCCAUUCCCUAUUUGGAUCUAAAAUAUGAGCAGAGUACUAUGUUUAUACAGAAGUAUGUCUAU